GUAGGACUCUCCAACUCCGCACAUAAGUAGAGAGCAGAGACGUUCGUUUCCCAUUACCCUCUGCUUAGCUCUACUCAGCUUCGUCGUAAGUCCUCAAGCCAUGGCUGAGCAACUUCCUAUCGUCGAUCUCACGGCGUACUACGCCGGGGGCCCACAGCUCCGGGACGCCCAGCAUGCCAUUCAAGCAAUGCAUGCCGCAGCCUCGAAAUGGGGCUUCUUUCUCAUUACCGGGACCCAGGUGUCUCCACAGACCCAAUCCUCCCUUCUUUCCGUCUCGCGGAGCUUCUUCGACCUACCACUCGCCGCCAAGACAGCCCUGGACGUGAGUAAUGGCGGUGUCGCCUGGCGCGGCUAUAUGCCGCUCGGCGGGGAGCAUACCCACGGUCGCCUCGACUGGAAGGAGGGCCUGUACGUGGGCCCUGAGCACACCGAUGACCAUCCACUCGCCGGCCUCCCGCUGCAUGGACGGAACCAGUUCCCCGACCAGGAGCUCCCCGACAUGAGGCCCACUGUGCUGGAGUACGUGGACAAAGUCACGGAACUAGGAAAGACGCUGACGGACAUGUUCUCUCUGGGGUUGGGAUUGGGUCAGGAUGAGCUGCGGCAGGCUCUUCUGGAACCGGAGCCGGUCGUGCUCUUUCGGUGCUUCAAGUAUGCGCCAGUCAAGGCAGAUGCUCUUCAGGGGGCGGCUCCUGAGGAGCCGAAGAACGGAAAUAGUGAGAAGAGCUUUGGCAUCGGCGAACAUACUGAUUUCGGGUUUCUUACCAUUCUGAAGGUAGACUCGCCCGGCCUCCAGAUCCUAUCCCCGUCCGAUGAGUGGAUAGAUGUGCCGGUUGUAGAAAAUUCCUUUGUAGUGAACAUCGGCGAUAUGUUCGACCAACUCACCCACGGCCGAUAUCGAUCUCGACCGCAUCGCGUCCUCCGGCCAGGACCCGACAGCGCGCCGCGCUUCUCUUUCCCCCUCUUUUUCGAUUUCGCAUGGAAUGCUAAGAUGGUUCGGCUGUCACUAGACCACCUGCCCCCAUUGUCUGAUGAGGAGAAGCUGUUGGCCAAGAAGCGCUGGGCCGCCACCACGUUCCGUGAGGUUGAAGGGCGGUGGUCACAGUACCUAGCGCGCAAGGUACAGAAAGUGUUUCCAGACUUGAAGAUCCCGGAUUUUGAACCAAACGCUGCACCUUCGACGAGGUUCACAAGGGUGGUGGGGGUCGAGUCAUCUACCUAGAUGACGAUCCCUCUCGCAACGGUAUACGCUGCUCGGGGAAAUAGCCAAGGUUUCUCCUUCAAAGCUGUAGGUAGUAAUUUGAAAGUGAAUGUCCUCGUCUGAUCUGAUCCGUGAGCUCGCGGGAGGGAAUAUCUGCAAGGGAAAGACAUGCAUGUGUGAGCAGUACGCCAGCCCGACUUCUCACGAUUACUUUACAUAUAUCCCCAAUUUUCACCCUCCUCGCACAUGCCCUGAUAGAAACCUUCGCAGCAAGCUGGAGACCGGCAGCAUUGCAUAUGAAGAAAUCAGCGACGGACGAGUCGGCAUUAAGCUCUCAACUCGCCUACUAGGCUAAAUAACCUAAGAGUUGCGAAGCCGUGGUCCGGGUUGUUUGUUUCUGCGAGAGAAAAUACGCCCCCGGAUGUUUCCAGGGCAGCCAUGGUGUUACGGUAGUAGUUUUUGGGAAAGUUAACGAUCUCUGGAGUGGAUGCGAGUAGCUGUUGGCGAACCGAUACACAAGCCCCCUUCUGGAUAGCCACGUUCCCCACGGCUUCCGGAAAAUGUGUGUUCCGCACCCAAGCCAGACAAGCGAGCGGCAGCCCUGAUCCGGUAUUCGUU